AUGCUAGGAAGGGCAUUGCGACCUGGGUGGCUGGGUAUUACCAGGGCGGUAGCGAGAAAACCAAUUUGCGGGUCCUGUUUUGUCAGAACCUUGCAGACAGAAAUGAACACAGGAAUGCCUGCCAUGCAUGAGGGCAUGCUUAGCACAAUAAUGAUGACGACAACGACGGGGACAAGGAUCAGUAACACAGUCAGAGAGUCAUUAAGCGAGUCAAGCAUAGUGAUGCAACUCGAUUCUGUGAUGAGAAAGAGGAAAAAAAAGAUGAAGAAACAUAAGCUACGGAAGAGAAGGAAAAGGGAGAAAGCAGAAAGAAGAAAGUUGUCUCAGGGUAGAUAA